UGAAGCUUGUUAAUCACGCCAGCCUCGCUUCCACAACAAGACAUCUACAUAAAACUUGAUAAUAAUUUAUUUUAUUCUUGGACGGUGCGUCAUUGACAAGAAACAUGGGAUUGAUCGCCACAGAGACGGUAUGAUGGCCGCCAUGUUUUCUCUCUUUGUCGAGGUAACAGUUUUGACAACAUUGAAAUGAAGUUCGGGGCACCAGACGGCGGAAUAAGGACGUAGGUGCAUGGAAUGCUGUAGACAGGCGGAUAUCGGGAUCGCUUGUAAUGCUGCUACGUACACAAAUGGCAGGGAUCGAGUUUUACGACGCUGUGUUGAACAACGAGCUGCAGUUACUGAAGCGACUGGCAGCACAACACAAGAUCGACCUGAGUGCGAAAUUUGUCGAGGUGAGAAAAAAGAACCAUUCUGACUUAUGCCCGUUACACCUGGCAGCGUACAGGGGUUACACGUACAUGCUUCAGUAUCUGAUAGAGUCCAAAUGUGACGUUAACCAGACCACCACGACCCUGCGAAGGACCGCGCUCCAUUUUUCCGUUCUCCGCCACAAAAUGGGGUGUCUGUUGUUGCUCAUUUCUGCCGGCGCCAAACUCGAUGCCAAGGACACCUUCGGCAACUCGCCGUGCCACUACGCCGCCGACGACGGCUACUGCCAGAUGCUGGACGUGCUGUUACGCCGCGGCGUCAACGUCAACAGCCAGGACAUCACGUCGAAGACGCCGAUGAUGAAGGCGGUGCGCAACAACAAGACCGACGCCGUGCUGCGGCUGCUUCGGCACAACGCCGACCUGAACAUCACGGACCGGAACUCCGACAUGGCCCUGCACUACGCGGCGCGGAACGGCUGUGUGGACAUCAUCGACACCCUGAUCUGCGCCAAGAGUUCCAUCGACGUCCAGAACUACUGGGGCAGGACGCCGCUCAUGGAGGCCGUCUGCUACAACCACAAGGACGCCAUCUCGCGACUCAUAGAAGCAAGCUGUGAUCUUAACCGACGAGAGUUCAAAACCGGAGACACCGCUCUCCACAUCGCCAUCAAGCGCAACUACAUCGCCGUCGUGGAGCUCCUGUUGCGCGCCGGCAGCCGCCACGACAUCUACAACCACCAGGGCGAGACCGCCGCGUACGAGGCUGUCGUGAGUAACAAGAUAGACGUAGUGAAGCUGAUGAUUUUCUACAACUGUGAUCUCGAUGUUCCGGCCAAAUAUUUUUCAAAUGGUAUCUACAAGUCUAUUUUUCAGCUAGCAGCAGAGAAGGGACACUUCGAACAAUGUCGUCUGCUCUCGUCGUUAGGUUACGUCGACUACGGUGCCAGGAAUUCGCUGUACACCGGCUACGUCCCAUCCAGACCGUCUGAGCACGACGACAACAUCCACAGCCUCCGCGUGCAGAUGCACAGCGUCGUGUCGUUGCAGCAUCUAUGUCGGAAGUGCAUUAGAAAGAUGGCGGGCCACAGGCUGUUGGAGAAGGUGGAGUUCCUGCCCAUGCCCAGGGCCCUCAAAGACUACGUGGUCAUUAAGCACAUUCGUGGCCGGAACGACUCCAGCACGGUGGAAAUGACAAAGCCUUUCAGAUAAGGUCCACAGUCUAAACACUUUCACGUUCAGUUUUAAGGUACAUACAUGUUCCCUCUGUGCAGAAAUCGUUUUACAGUAGGCCUAAAAGGUGACAUACCCAUAUGUUAUACUACACCUGGGUAGCAUGCUAGAAUCAAAAUAAACAAUAGAAAGCAUGAUGUUACUAAUAUUUACUGGCUUAUGGCUUAUUAUAGCCAUGUUAAAAAUAAUAACAACAACAAUUACAAAAUUAAAUAACUGUAGACAUUAACCAUUCAAGCAAGAAUAUGUAAAUCAAAAAUGCCAUUAUUUUAAAUGGUCUAUAAAAAUCGUUGCUACCCAGAUAAACCUUAGGCCUACAGUGAUGGAUGGGGGAGAUGUGAGUUUGAACCAGGGUGGUCACCAAUACUGGACACAUAUUGCUUGACGCCUAACUCUUCUUUCUUCUUAGAUACAAAAUUAAACAAAUACCGCUGAAGGUGUAACUUUCGCAAAUAAAAAUUGUUCAGGGUCCAUGAAUAUAAAACAUUAAUUAAACUCUUAAGACUCGAGAUUUUAGCUACUGUUAUUUGUAUGGACAAGGUAUUCUUAAGACCUUGAUUCUAGACUUAGUUUUAUGAGCACAGGCCAUGAACUAUGUUGGACUAAUAAUUUUUUGAAGCACCUGAUCUGAAUGAUUAUAUGUAUGUCCGAUUUGUAAGUUCUCAAUACACCAUUCAGUAAAGAUCAACAAUAUAACAUUCGAUUUGAUGUUCAAAGAAAUAAAUUUUCCAUACUAAAAAUUUUUUAACUACCUUUUGUUUGCUACCUACUUGACAUAAAAGCCCCUGGGGUGGUAAUGGUAUUUGACGGAUGGGAAAGAAGAAACCAGUUAUAAACAAAACUACCCGGUAUGAGUUCAUACCAGUGGCCACCCUGUUUCAAUAAUGUGUUACCAUAAUGUUUGAGAAUAGUCACUUGAUUGUUAUAAUUAUUAAAUAUGUUUUCUGUGACCCUAAGUGUUCCUAAAACUUUGUGAUUAGGGCGAUGCGUCCGGCCAUCCAUAUGUCUUGUCUACCAACGUCAAUAUUUGACAGUGGGAUGACAAUCACAGAUAGUAAUAGAUUUUAAGAGGGACGUCUUGUUUUUAGUACCAUCAAUUUCCCAUUGUCAUUCUGUCCAUAUUCGACGAUUAAGUAUCUAUGCGACACCAUAAAAAUAAUAUGAUAAUUUAAACAGCAAACAUAUAAUAUAUCAUUAAGGGAAAAUGACACAGUUAUCUCAAAAACACAAUUCUAGCUCUUUAUUCAUUGCCAGAAUGUUGUUUCCAUCAAGACAAAUCCAUUUUCCAUAGAAAAAUGUAAUGUACAGUUUUCUUUUCUCUUAUUAUUGUUUUCCUUAUGUUUUAGUUUUAAAAUGUAAGAACAAGUAUGUAGUUGAAGUUUUUAAUUUAUUAUGUAUUUAUUUACUUAUUGCAUAGGGGAAUUGUAAACACGUGCAUUUUUCCAAUGAAUUAUAUAGUAUAGAAUGCUGUUAUCUGUAAAACAAGAAACAUGCUUUCAACACUAUGUUGAAUUCACUGACAAAACAAACAAAACAAGAAAGAAACCAAACCAAAACCAAAACCAAAAUACAAAAAUAUCUAUUGAUGUCUAAAAUUAUGUCUUUAUAGACUUCCAAACUAUUAGGUGAAUGAAUUGUUUAUACUAUUCUAAGCUGACAAAAGACACACCAGUACCUUUAAAUGACAUAUGUUUAUACUAUUCUAAGCUGACAAAAGACACACCAGUACCUUUAAAUGACAUAUGUUUUCCUUUCCUUUCUUUUAAAAAAUUUUCAUUUCUGUUUUCUUUUCUUUUCAUUUUUCUUAAAUGUAUGAAACAUGAUAUAGGAGCAUUCUAUUUUCCUCCUUGUUGAUAUCUUCUCCCAAUUUUGGUAAAAUAUAUCCUGAAUGAAAACAAAUAAACAGGCUGCUUGUUAUAAAAUAUGUAACUGUCAAAACUGAUUAAAAUAAAAUAAAAAUAAGCUGCAUUUUGACAACCUAAACUUCUUCUUUUUUCAAAUUACAAUAAAAAAGAGAGCUUUUUUGUUUUAAAAGUGGCGACUUGCUUUAAGUUUGUUGGAAGACAACUAAAAACAAUUCCUUCAUUUGGAUUUAACUUCUUGGGUAAGCUUCCGUAAAAUAAUAUUAAAAAAAAACAGACUCAAAAGUUUAUAAUUUUACCAUUUGGUAGAAACUGAAAAAGAAACCAGUUACUAACAUUUCAGUAAGUUAAUCUUGCUUCUUCUGUUUUUUACAUUCCUAAAAUAUUGUAUCUUAUUGUAGGUUCUGAUGAUUAUUAUUGCUUGGUUUUGCAUUAAUGAAAGUAAACUAUUCAUACAUGUCUGUAAUAAUAUAAAUGAUUAUAAUUAUUCUUUUUCACUUUGUUUUUAUAUGUUGGAUUUUGUUUUGUUUUGGUUUUUGUUCUUGUUUCAAGCAUGUUUAUAUAGUUACGCCAAUGCAUGUUAGGUUGAAUGGUGAAGAACAAGCAUUUGCCAUCUAACUCAGAAACCAUUGUUAUUGUUAAUAUUGUGCAUGUUAUGUAUUGCUAUAAUUAAAAAUCUGUGACCAUC